AGUUGGAGAUAGAUAGUACGAUUUUUGGUACUCAUCACUAUUUAUUAUAUUUGAAUCAAAACUUAUAAACCACAUCAAAUCGUGUAUUGCUAAAUUUGUUUGUGUGCGUAAAAACUGUUUGUGAAUAUGGCAAAUUUUGUUAAUUUAGAAGUGUUUUCCAACUAUCAAAAAUAUAUCGACAAUGAACAGGAAAUUCGAGAGAAUAUCAGAAUAAAAGUGCGAGAAAUCGAGCAAUUGGCCAAAGAAGCUACAAUCCAACUUCAAAUCAUUCAUUCAGAUCUAUCAAAGAUUGAUGGUGCAUGCCAAGCAGCGCGCAAACAAAUAGCGUCAUGUGCCGGUGUCUAUAAACAAUUGUCAGAGAUCAUUCCCCAUGGACAGUAUUAUAGAUACUCUGAUCACUGGACAUACAUAACACAGCGUCUAGUUUUUUUAAUUGCAAUGGUUGUAUAUUUGGAAGCCGGUUUUCUGGUAAAACGCGAGACCGUAGCAGAAAUGUUGGGUUUACAAGUUAGUCACACAGAAGGCUUUCACCUGGAUAUAGAGGACUAUUUAAUGGGAAUUCUUCAAAUGGCUUCGGAACUAUCUCGUUUUGCCACCAAUUCAGUAACCAUGGGCGAUUAUGAUCGCCCCCUUAAUAUUUCACAUUUCAUGGCGAAUUUAAAUUCAGGCUUUCGUUUACUUAAUCUAAAAAAUGAUGGUUUGCGCAAGCGUUUCGACGCCUUAAAAUACGACGUAAAGAAAAUCGAAGAAGUUGUUUAUGAUAUCAGUAUACGUGGUUUGCGCAACGAAACGCCACAAUCCACUGCAGAAGAUAUAGCCGCAAAUGAAACCGCCAGUGCGUAGGCGAAAAUUGAUUCAUGUGGCAUUGGUAUACAGAACUUUAAUAAUUUCGCGCACGACUCGUAGGAAUUAAAGCAGACUUAUUUUGGUGUUAAAAGAAAAACUUGACAACGAUUUGUGUUUUUUUAUAUGUAAUAAACUGAUUUAGUUAACGUUUUCAUUUAUUAAAAAUAUUACUUUUUAUAAUUUAUGCUAAUAAUUAAUUGAACUAAAACAAAAAAAAAAAAAAAAUAAAUAAAUAAUGUGACUUUAUGCAACGCAAAA